AUGACCAUCAGCGGGUCAGUCGAACGCGCCCAACCACCAACUGGCGCACAACAUCCUGGCGAAUAUGUCAGCGCCCUUUUGAUUGACGAGUCCAAGCCGCCGCGAGUCUGGCAAGACUGGAGUCUCGAGGAGUCGGGCAAGGCCGAGAUCAAAGAAAGAUCGGUCAACGAAAAAGGCAAACCGUCCAUCCAAAGCCACGGUGGGAUGAUGGAGAGCACCAGCGCCCAAGGAGGGUAUCCUGCUCCACGUUCACCGGAAAAAUGUGCCAGCCAGGCAGUCCCACAUGAGGGUGACAGACCGACUCCAGGUGUGUCGCCGUCCGAACAAACUCACUGUGGGAAUACAAAGUAG